UUAGGUUCGCCGUACCAUCAUCGACAACUUCAUGACUAGUUCAUGUGUUUCGAGCGCGCGAGCGAUACAUUCCAUUAUUUUUAUUGUUCUGUCGAUAAAAUUUGUAUGCAACAGCGUCGGAGUCGUCGGACCGUCCGAAGAAUUAUUCGCGGUGCUCACCAACUCCUACAAGUGAAAACAGUCAUUGAAACAUUAUCUAAAUAAGAUAAUACAAGACCGUCACGAUCUAGGCAUUCUACCGAUUCCAUCUUCACGGGACCAAAUCGUGUUACUUACCAAGUACCAAAAUUAUUUCUUCGUUAAAACGCGAUUUUCGGCGUCCUUAUAGCUCUCCUAGCCGUCGUCGUGUGUCUGGUUCUAGCAGCAUGGAAAGUUUUACUACGAGCGAUUUGGAGGAUUCGGAUUCCCGUGUUAUUUCACUUGAACCUAAUACGGAUAAUGAUUCCAAUGAAGACAUUGAUUUGUCUGUUAACAGUAUUUGGCAAUGUAUGAAAAGAAUAGAAACAAAUUUGGACUUUUUAUCAAAAGUAUUUAAUGUAGAACAAUCUCCUGAAGUUAAACAGACAAAAAUGGACGAUGAUGAAUUUUUAUUUUUAUUUCCAUUGACAGAAAUAGAUGAUGUUGUUGACCUUGAAUCAAGACUAUUAGAUGAUUGUUCAAGUUUUAAAAAAAAAUUUAUUUCAUAUAUUACACCUGAAUGUAAACUUAGUUGUCUUUGUAUGUCAAAUCUAAAACACUUUGUUAGAACACUUUUACGUAGAUUGUUUACGUAUAGUUUAGCAAGCCACUAUUCUUGGCGUGGAUUUCGAGGAAAUUUUCAAAUUGGAAAUUUAAGAGUUGUCAAAGUUAUUUUUGAUAUAACACAAAGCAAAUUCAAAAAUGUUUCAAAGCAGUAUGUUAAUUUACUAAUCAAGGAAUGGAUCAGAUAUGCCAAACAACGGCGUAGUCAACUGAAAAAAUUAAAUUAUUCCUAAACUCUUACUACUAAAUACUACUUAAUUAUUUUUUAAAUACUACAUUUUCCUGAAUAAUUAUUUAAAAUAAUUUAGAUAAUAAUAAGUUUUAAAUGAAAUAAGUGGAUUAAUUUACUAAUACUAUUGUAGUGUAGGUAAAUAAAUUAGAACAAUCAUUAAAUGUCUGCCAUGAACUUUGUUUACUUAUUAACCUAUAUAUGUAUAUGUAUAUAUAACCACAAUUUUUAUUAGUGAUCUACAAA